AUGUGCGGCAUCAAACAAAUCGUCGACCAGUGCAGGACCUGCUACGGCAUUAUCUCCAAAGAAGAGAUCCCCACCAUAUGCCACAAGAGAACGUGGACAUUGCCCGAAACCUUCGGACACGCAAAGGCAUACUGUCCAGACCAAGGAAGGGUAUACCUCGACAAGAAGCCAAGAAUCAACCAGUGCCCGGUGUGUUACUGGGACUCAUUAGAUAUCACAAAGGGGUUGGAUAUGCCCUGCCACCAGCGAUCAGAGAGCAGUCUGGGCACUCGCUCGCUGUCGCACGGUCUGAACCAAACCCGAUCGACGAGCCCUUGGCAGAACACCAGUGUCCUCAAUUUACCGGCUGAGAAGGAGCCAAAAAGUGUGGCUGGGAAGGUGAAGGGGUUCUUCGGUAAGUGUCUUUUCAAGGUGAUUCCUGGGUUCGAUAGGUCCUCGCAGUCUCCUUCGUCUUGGGCGGCACUCGAUCAAUGGGAGGAUAUUUGUGGUGAUGAGGGUAUUACGGACAAGAAGAAGAAAAAGAAAAAGGAUGCGUCUAUACCAACAGCGACGAGGGUGUAA